AUGGAAGAGUUUAAUAGUGAGCUGCGCCUGUUUGAACUUUUGGACCAUGAAUAUCUAACUUCCACUGUCAGGGAGAAGAAGGCAGUAAUAACUAACAUUCUCCUGAGGAUACAGUCAUCUAAAGGUUUUGAAAUAAAAGAACAUGUACAGAAGCAAGAAGUUUCCAGCAGUUUGCCAGCACCUCCUCAAAUGCCUCUACCAGAAAUACCUCAACAGUGGUUGCCACCAGAUAAUGGGCCUCCACCAUUACCAACAUCUUCCCUCCCUGAAGGCUAUUAUGAAGAGGCAGUGCCACUUAGUCCUGGAAAGGCUCCUGAAUACAUCACUUCCAAUUAUGACUCAGAUGCUAUGAGCAGCUCUUAUGAAUCAUAUGAUGAAGAGGAGGAGGAUGGAAAGGGGAAGAAAAUGAGGCAUCAGUGGCCUUCUGAGGAGGCCUCUAUGGAUCUGGUGAAGGAUGCUAAAAUCUGUGCCUUCCUCCUUAGAAAGAAACGAUUUGGGCAAUGGACCAAACUACUGUGUGUUAUCAAAGAAAACAGACUACUGUGUUACAAAAGUUCCAAGGACCAGCAGCCCCAGAUGGAGCUACUCCUGAAUGACUGCAGCAUCACUUACAUUCCCAAAGACAGCAAAAAGAAGAAGCAUGAGCUGAAGAUCUCACACCAAGGAGCUGAUGCCCUGGUGCUUGCAGUACAGAGCAAAGAGCAGGCGGAACAGUGGCUAAAGGUUAUAAAAGAUGUGUGCAGCAACUUUAUGGGAGCAGUAGACUCCGAUGGGCCCUUGUCUAGUUCUCCAGUGCACAAGACAGAGCUGGAAAAGAAGUUGUCAUCUGAGAGGCCAAGCUCAGAUGGGGAGGGCACUGCGGAAAAUGGAAUCACUACUGUAUGCAAUGGGAAAGAACAAGUGAAGAGGAAAAAAAGUUCAAAAUCAGAAGCCAAGGGCACUGUGACUAAAGUAACAGGGAAAAAAAUAACAAAGAUCAUUGGUUUAGGGAAGAAAAAGCCAUCAACAGAUGAACAGACCUCAUCAGCUGAAGAAGAUGUUCCAACAUGUGGAUACCUCAACGUGCUCUCAAAUAACCGCUGGCGUGAGCGCUGGUGCAGAGUGAAAGAUAAUAAACUAAUUUUCCACAAGGACAGGACAGAUCUGAAGACACACAUCGUUUCUAUUCCACUCCAUGGCUGUGAAGUCAUCCCGGGACUGGACUCGAAGCAUCCCCUGACAUUCCGCCUGCUCCGAAACGGGCAGGAGGUCGCUGUGCUCGAGGCAUCCUCCUCUGAAGACAUGGGCAGAUGGAUAGGAAUUUUGCUGGCAGAAACAGGGUCCUCAACAGACCCCGGAGCUCUGCACUAUGACUACAUUGACGUGGAAAUGACAGCGAGCGUCAUCCAGGCUGCCAAGCAGACCUUUUGCUUUAUGAACAGGCGAGUUAUAUCUACAAAUCCGUACCGGGGAAGCACUGCCAAUGGCUACGCCUGUCCGAGUGGAAUGGCACUUCAUUAUGAUGAUGUUCCCUGCAUAAAUGGAUCGUUUAAAGGCAAGAAGCCUCCUGCGACUGCCAACGGGAUCACCGGGAAAGGGAGAACAUUAAAUAACCAGCCAAAGAAAACCGAAUCCAUGUCAUGCGUGAAGCGUGCUGUCUCCAAUGCAGAGCAGUACAAAUAUGGCAAGAACCGUGUGGAGGCAGAUGCAAAGAGGUUACAAAGCAAAGAGGAAGAGCUGCUGAAGAGGAAAGAAGCACUGAGGAACAGACUUGCCCAGCUCCGAAAAGAAAGAAAAGAUCUACGUGCUGCCAUUGAAGUCAAUGCUGGCAGGAAGACCCAAGUGAUUCUUGAAGAUAAGUUAAAGAAGUUGGAAGAGGAGUGUAAGCAGAAGGAGGCUGAGCGUGUAAACCUGGAGCUAGAACUGACUGAGGUGAAGGAGAGCCUUAAGAAAGCCUUGGCUGGUGGCAUCACCCUGGGCUUGGCUAUUGAGCCCAAGUCAGGAACAUCAAGCCCACAGUCUCCAAUUUUCAAGCACCAAACUUUGGAAAACUCUCCAAUCUCCAGUUGUGAUACCAGUGAUACCGAGUGCUCAAUACCCGUGAACAGUGCAGCAGCUCUGAAGCACCCUCCCUCAUCGAAUAAUUCUCCAUGUCGAGGCCAUGUCCUUCGAAAAGCAAAGGAGUGGGAGAUGAAAAACGGAACAUAAACAUAGCAAAAUCACUCACUUCCCAUAAAGGCCGUACCUACUAUGGACCAAGACAUAGGCUGCAAAAGACUCAUCUGAAAGAUGGUAUCAUGUGAUACAACAUAAGAGGUUUUGUAAUUCUGUUAAGUUAAUGGUAGCUUGGCGCUAAUUUGCCUGUACUCCCUCUACUGUAUUUCUGUGUAACUAUGUGUGCCACUUCUUGUUAUUAGCUGUAACUUUAUUUCCAACUUCACUGGCAAAGAAAAUGAAAACCAAAAAAACCCCAAACUAACCCUAGGAAGUAAGAAGGAGCAUAAAGUUGCAUCUGAAAGUUUUCUUGGCUGAAACAUGGACCAGCAGUGUUAAUUAUAUUGCAACAGAUGCCCUGAACACCAGUGAAGGAUGGAUUUAGACAAGAGGUGAAAUCAUUACAGAUAAAACUGACUUUGCAAGGUCUGCCACAGAGGUGGAGCAAAGUCUUCCUUGUUAGCAGUUGUUUUGCUUUUUGCUGUUCACAUGGCAAAAGAAAUGUAUUCACAGACAUGGCCCAGGUUGCUCAAGCUGGGAAGGCAGGAGCUCUGGAGUGCCUUUGCUCUCUGAGCUGGUGCUUGCAAAGCAUUUUUUGAUAUGUCUUAGGCAGAUGCUUUUGUCAUUGGGGGAUAAAAAGUUGCCAUAUUUUGAGAAAAUGCAUUUUAGUAUAUUCUCUUCAUUACUAUUACAAAGCACCAGCCAUUUUCAAAGGUCAUGUUGUCAGUCUAUGAUUUGUUCCUGAGUUUUUUAAAAGGGAAACAGGUAUCUUUAGAUACCACUUUUUUUCUACACUUUCUGAAAAAGAAAACGUAUUUGAAAUUAAUCCUCAGCAGCUAAUGGCAAGUCAGAAUAGCUUAUGCAGUCUGUCAUGUUUUGUUUUUGUUUUUUUUAAUUUUAUAAUUUAGUAUUGUUAAACUUGAGUUAUAGAACACUGCUGUAUUUAAUUUCCUUCAUCUUUUCAGACCUCUGCUAUUAUUUUUGAGGAAGAUGGGCUGAAGAGAUUAUAAUUUCCAUACUUUAUUUUAUUAACAGUUUUACAAAUAAUUGGGGAUUUUCUCAGACGGGAGUCUAUUUCUGUUUACUAGGAUACAGCAUCUUGCAUUUUAGUCUUUAAAAUUUUAAAAAUCUUGUCUCCAUCCAUGUCACUCCUGAGAACUCACAUUGCAGUAAAUUGCCAACUAAAGUCCUUCAAAAUCUCAAGAUUUGAUUUAAAAAAAUCAGGAGAGAGAGAAAAUGGAAAAAAGCCCACCAUAUAAUGAGUUGGGUUCUUUUAAUUUUUUUAUUUAUUUUUUUUUUUAGCCUUUGGAGAGCCUUCAAUCACACACUUAAGAUUUUUUUCCUCCUCAACUGUGAGGAAUAGAAAAUUACCUUAAUUUUUAAAAAAAUAAUAAUUGAACAACUACUCCAAUGUUAAGAUAAUCACAGAUGUUAGGGCUGGUAUCUUGACAAUUUGUCAAGAUUUGCAAUAAAAAGCACAGAAGUCGGCAAGGCAGCAGUUAUCAAGGCUCACAUGCCUUUAUGGCCUAGCCUAUAGUUUGUCUCUUACUGUGAGGAAUAGGUGUGUAACUCCUGAAGGUUACACUGGAAUUCCCAGCUGAACUGUAUGCCAGAAGACUUUCUGCAGGAGCUGGUGGGAUUUGAAAGCACGGAGCUAUCAGAAAGACCUGGUGGCUUCUAGGACACAGGGCUGUGUCUUGGCAUCAGUUGCAGUUUGUGCUAGGGAUCCCAUUGACCUCAGCAGAGCAGAAAUGGGGCCCAACAUAAGAAAAGGCUCUUUGCUUCCUGGGAUUGUGCUUUGUACAAAGUGCCACAGGAAUGUAGAUACAGUAACGUAGCAACUAUUUUCACUGAAGACAGGAUUUAAAAAUACUAUUUUAGGUCAUCUGCUUGCUUACUAACCCUAUCAGUGAGGAGCACAUUCUAAUGCUGUAUGACCAUGGACUAAACAGUAUCAAGUUCCCAUAUAUAUUAGCAGAAACAAAUUUGAAACAAAAGUAAGUUCAUUUAGGCUUUUUAUUUCAAAUUAAGUUAUUUAUUUGUAUAUUUCAAUAAAUAUUUAAUUUAUAUCUGUACAUAUUUAUGAUGCAAAUUAUGCUUCUAGUCAAUGUUUGCAAUGAUAUAGCAGUUGCCAUCAAGAAGCAAUGCAGAGUAGUCAAAAGCCAAAUCAUUGGUCUUGUUUACCCAGUAUUGGUAUUGUAUCUUCCAUCCCCUAUAGCCCAUGGAAAAACAAAACCAAAAACCUUGGCAAGGGCAGGUUUUAAAAAUGCCUGAGAUAGAUGCAGAUUCCUGCCAAUUUCUGUCCAAGGAAACAGUCGUGCACCCAACCCCAGCCCUGGUGCUGCAGCCUCAGGCUGGGCUGUGGAUACCAGAGCCCUCAGCACCUCUCACACCCACCACAGCAGGGGCUGCCAUCAAAAUGAAGCAUCUGUCACCCUUCCCCCAGCAAAAAACUCCACAAAGCCACCACUGCCCCCAUCCUGGCAUAUACUGUAAUUGUAGAAGUUCAUUGGUACCAUCACAUUUUGCAGUAGUGACAUGUCUAGUCUGCAUAAUGUCCAAUGUUUUGAAAAGAAGAAAACAAAAAGCCUCGGGAAAUAACCUCUCCAUAGACCGCAUUUGGUGCCAUGAAAUAAACUUGGUUUUGUUGAAAAGUAUUACAAUUUUUUACAAAAAGCAACAAAAGCAACAAACAGCAUUUUUUAAAUUUCAGAAUCACUAGGCAAAGUCAGCAAUAGAGAAGCAUAGCUUUUGUUUUAAAAGAAAACUUUUGUACUUUAAACCAUUGCAUUUCUAUGUCUUUAGAGAAAAUAUUACACUUGUUCUUCCUCAACAAACUGCUGUUACUCCAGGUGCUUUUUUUUCAUUGUUUUUUUAAUGGGUGAUUCUUUUUUAAUAAUAAUAAUAAAAAAUAAGAUCAUGACCUUGGGGGAUAAAAGCUGUUUUUUUUUAAUGACAUGAUUGUGGCAAUUUACUUAAUUUAGUAUCAAUUUUUGUUAAAGACACUUUCAAACUGAUUGGCCCAGGCUGUAUGUUGUAAGAUAAUGUUCUCAUAUUAAGAAUGUAAUUAUUUCCUUAUUGUAUUUUUUAAAAAACAAAAUCAUAUUUUAAAAAGUCUGUGAAAAAAACCAUGAAAGAAACAUGAAAAAAGUUUUUGUUUUAUUUUUGUUAUUGGAUAUGUUGGUGGUGCCCAUUCUAAUUGACUGUAAAUAUAGUCUUUCUACUGUUCUCAAUUUAUUUAAUUUUUGUGACACAUAUUCCUGGAAACUUCUGUUAAAAAAAAAAAAAAAAAAAAAAAAAAGUCCAAAUAGACCCACCUAGAAGCAUGUGUCUUAGUAGCUUCAACUACCUUUAUGCCUUUCUAGUUUAAUCUUCAGAAGGUCUUGCAGAGUGUGAAAAAAGACUGACACCUGGUAGGUGUGACAGAUCCAA